AUGGGGGACCGAGCAACCACCCUGGCCGAGAUGGUGAAAGGCGUGAAGUUCAGCCCCACACAGAGCCGCAUGGCCGACAUCCACCAGGGAUUCCAGCACCUGGAGCACACACUCAACCAGCCCCACGAGCAGCUGCAGCUCAGCAUGGGCAACGCCAUGAUUCAUCGAGAGCAACUGGAGGUGCUGGCCUCGUUCCCGGAUGAUGCGCACACCCUGUACAUGGCCCAGGUUGUCCCCACCAAAUUCGAGCAGCUGGCAGCUGCUGAGCAGCUCAUCAAUGACUUCGUCAGGAAUGAGACCCACGGGAAGAUCGUAGACCUGAUCAGCAACCUGGACCAGGACACGGCCCUGAUUCUGGUGAAUUACAUCUUCUUGAAAGCUAAGUGGGAGACACCCUUUGACCCCGAGGAUACCGUCCAGUCCAAGUUCUACAUGAGCAAAGGCCAAACACACGGCUCCUCCUGGGGCUCUGGCCAAAGUUUCUCAGGAGCUGUCAUGGAGAAGAGUUUCGUUAGGAGCCCAAAGCAGGCCCAAGGUGAAGUAGGAGGAGACCUGAACGUCAAAGUUACUGAGCUUGAAGCAGCAGAAGGGGCAGGGGAGGAAGGAGGCCAAGGCAAAGGAGGCCCCAAAGAUCCACAGAGCCUGAGGACUGCGGCCCCCCAGCAACCAAGUGUGAGACACCCUUUGGAUACUGUCAAGUCCAAGUUCUACUUGAGUGAAGGCCAAUGUGUGCAGGUACCCAUGGUGAAGUUUGAAGACCUUACCGUAUCCUACCUGCGGGACAAGGCUCUGUCCUGCACUGUGGUGCACCGCGCUCUGCUUGAUGUGGCAGAGAAAGGCACUGAAACCGCGGCCGCCACCGGAGUGAAAGCCGCCUUUUCUGAUGAAAUCUACGACACAAACAGUGACACCAUUCUCUUUCUAGCCAAAGUGGCCAACCCCAGUUAUCCAGCCCUGCACUCCCCCAAGGACCUCCGGCUAUGGCUUCAGGUUUGGGGCCAUUCCAACCUCUUCCUGUGA